CCAAGAGCUCCCCCUCUCGCCUAUAAAUUAGAGGCAAAAGUCACCACACCCUUAGGCAACUAAGGCCAGCUUCCUCCUCUCCCUAUUAGCUUCAUAUUUCUUCUUCUUCCGGACAGACUGGAGUUCAUCAAGGAUAUCAUCCUGAAACUGGAGCCCACAAGCACGCAAAGGAAGAAGAGCAAGAAGACCGGCUCUCAGCCGAUACGAGGUAGGAGCGAACAGCGUUAGGGUAGUGUUAUUAUAUCACAGGGUUGAUAUGGUGACAGUGAGAGAAGAGACACGCAAAGGGCCGUGGACAGAGCAGGAGGACCUGCAACUGGUAUGCACUGUCCGUUUGUUCGGUGAACGUCGUUGGGAUUUCAUUGCCAAAGUAUCAGGCCUCAACCGCACAGGAAAGAGCUGCCGCCUCCGGUGGGUCAACUACCUCCACCCUGGCCUCAAGCGUGGGCGCAUGACUGCCCAUGAAGAACGUCUCAUCCUCGAGCUCCAUGCUCGGUGGGGAAACAGAUGGUCCAGGAUAGCGAGGAGGCUGCCAGGGCGUACUGACAAUGAGAUCAAGAACUACUGGAGGACACACAUGAGGAAGAAAGCACAGGAGAGGAAGAGGAGCAUGUCACCCUCGUCAUCCUCAUCUUCACUGACGUACCAAUCCUGCAAUCCAGAGACGCCAUCGAUCACUGGAAUUGAUGAGCAGGAGCUUCAUGGUGGCAGUAACUGCAUCACAAGCAUCCUGAAGGGCAUGCCUGUUGACAUGGAUGGAUACCUCAUGGAUCAGAUAUGGAUGGAAAUUGAGGCACCAGAGGCACCCUCAGAGCCAAGCUUUCAUGACGGAAAGGAUAAUCUAUACAACAGCGCCUCUGGCCCUUUACUGCCAUCUCCUAUGUGGGAUUACUACUGCACUGAGCCACGCUGGAAGACGGAUGAUGAUAUAAAGAUGGCCCCACAAUUCGGUUACAGUAAAGGAAUGGACCCCUGUUAUUGAAGACACAUACCUUGGAUCAGAUUACCAAGUUACUUAUCUACCUAGCAGAAGUGAAAUGCUUUUGGAGAAAGAACAAUUAGCAUGGAUCUAAAAUAUUUAUAUCAAUCAAACAUUGCAGCUGUACUCAUGUUUUGUGUAUCUAUUUAGUAUGUAGUGUGCUCGACAGCUUAUGUCACUUAGCCCUUGACAUGUGCAAGGCAAGGGCAGAGCACUCUCACUCUGUAUCCACAAUAUAAUCAGCUAUCUCCUCUGAGACCCUUUAAUGCUCAAGUAUCAAUGCAAUUUUAUUAGCAGGUGUUGCAUCAA